AUGACAACAUGCCAGCUGUACCCGGAAUGUCCAGCCAAAGGCAGCAACACCACGUUCGAUGACAUACCCAUCGAGCACAGCGAAGAUGAACACGAAGAAAAUAUUAAAUUAGUGCGCAAAAUGCUUGAACGGCGGCACAUCAUGCUUUUCCCGAAGGCUAAACUCAAAAAUGAUAAGAUAGAAGUGGAGAGUUUGAAACAUUACUUUGACAACCUCAGAUUUGCUCAUCAAACAAGAACAACAAAAGUGUACAACCCUCAUAGCUCUGAAGACAUUCAUAAAAAGAAGGUCCAUUCAAGAAAAUCCAUGUUCUGGGAACUGAAGAAAGGGGCCCACCAGCCCUUCAGACCAAAAGUCAGAGAAGAGCCAAAUAAUGUGGUAGUUAUGGGCACUGGCUACAACUUUCCGUCUUCGAUUCCUACCACGACGCCGUUUAGACGUUUUUAA